AUUUAUACUUGCUGACUCGGAAGAAAAAGUUUAGUGUGAUAUUGCUCCUGUCAUUGAUAUUUGUUAGCAGGCAAUAAUUUAUUUCACUUCGCAAUGCCUGACCAUUUAGGUUCUGAUAUGAGAAAAGUAAAACCUGAAAAUGAAGAAGAAGAAAAAAUUACAGCAUUGGAUGAAGCUGACAUUUCUCUCUUAAAAUCAUAUGGGCAAGGGCCAUAUACAAAGCAGAUCAAGACUGUGGAAGAGGAUAUCACAAAGACAGUGCAGCGAGUCAAUGAGCUCACAGGCAUCAAAGAAUCUGAUACUGGGCUGGCCCCUCCAGCUCUUUGGGAUUUAGCUGCUGACAAACAAACAUUACAAAAUGAUCAACCUCUACAGGUUGCCAGAUGCACCAAGAUUAUCAAUGCUGAUUCUGAUGAUCCUAAGUACAUCAUCAAUGUGAAACAGUUUGCCAAGUUUGUGGUUGACUUGGCUGACAAUGUUGCUCCCACCGACAUAGAAGAAGGCAUGAGAGUGGGGGUGGAUCGAAACAAGUACCAGAUUCACAUCCCCCUGCCCCCGAAGAUCGAUCCCUCUGUGACGAUGAUGCAGGUGGAGGAGAAGCCUGAUGUCACGUACUCAGACGUCGGCGGCUGUAAGGAGCAAAUUGAGAAGCUCAGGGAGGUCGUCGAAACUCCCUUGCUGCAUCCUGAGCGCUUCGUGAACCUGGGUAUUGAGCCGCCCAAAGGUGUGCUGCUGUUCGGGCCUCCAGGCACGGGCAAAACCUUGUGCGCUCGCGCUGUUGCUAACAGAACCGAUGCGUGCUUCAUCCGGGUCAUUGGCUCAGAGUUGGUGCAGAAAUACGUGGGCGAGGGGGCGCGCAUGGUAAGGGAGCUGUUCGAGAUGGCGCGCACCAAGAAAGCUUGCCUCAUAUUCUUCGAUGAGAUCGACGCCAUCGGCGGCGCUCGCUUCGAUGACGGUGCCGGUGGCGACAAUGAAGUCCAGAGGACUAUGUUGGAGCUCAUCAACCAGCUGGACGGCUUCGACCCUAGGGGCAACAUCAAGGUCUUGAUGGCCACGAACAGGCCGGACACUUUGGAUCCUGCGCUGAUGAGGCCUGGACGUCUUGAUCGCAAAGUAGAGUUUGGCUUACCCGAUUUGGAAGGCCGCGCUCACAUCUUCCGCAUCCACGCCAAAAGCAUGAGCGUAGAGAGAGACAUCCGUUUUGAUCUGCUUGCCCGCCUCUGCCCUAACAGCACCGGAGCCGAGAUCCGGUCGGUGUGCACAGAGGCUGGUAUGUACGCGAUCAGGGCGAGGAGGAAGGUGGCUACUGAGAAAGACUUCCUAGACGCAGUCAACAAAGUCAUCAAAGCUUACGCCAAGUUCUCUGCCACUCCUCGCUAUAUGACCUACAACUAAAUCACGCAUACUUUCACCAUUAGUCAAAUUGUGCUUUUCUUUUUGUCAUAAAAAGUGAGAUGGAGACACUAAAACGUGUGAGAUACUAAAUCAUUGAAUACUUAGUAAUGAAAAAACUACUGUGUUAAGGAAAUUGUUUACCGUCUGUUUUUGGCUAUGUUUACUCGUCAGCUGACUUUCAUUCAUGGCUGGCCAGCAUGGGGUUUCCUAUGCGUGUUUUCUAAAAUUAUAAUCUGAAUUGUCUUUCGUUCCGAAGUAUAGAUUGAUGAUCUAUGUUACGUGAUCGUAUGAAUUUUCUGAUCAUUCCUCUGGUCUGAUUCCUUACACUGAAAAUAUUUGACAGUACGACAACCUUGCUGUUUUUUAUGAUGAAUA